AAUCCCCCUCGAACCAUUAAAAGACGGUCACACUAUGGAUCCUAUGGAAAGAACUUUCUUGGAAGCCGCUGAGCGUGGAGAUAAACCCACCCUGAUCCGAUGCCUACAGACACAAGUGAAUGUGAACUGUACAAAUAUCUUAGGACGAAGUGCCAUUCAGAUAGCUGUAGACAACGAAAAUGUCGAAAUAGUAGAGCUGCUUUUACAGCAAGAUCAUGUGAAAAUAGGCGACGCUCUCUUGUAUGCCAUCAGAGAAGGUGUAUAUAAGAUCGUCGAAAUGCUCAUAAAUCAUCCCACCAUCACCAGCGAGAUGCUAGCCAAUGACUGGGCAACGACACGCCAGCCUGGGGAAGAAAGUUCUGAUUAUCCACCGGAUAUAUCCCCAAUCAUCCUAGCCGCCCACUGCAAUCAGUUCGAGAUUCUGCAACUGCUUUUGUCGAGGGGGGCUGUCAUCGAGAAGCCACAUCCCCUUUCUUGUUCGUGCCAAAAGUGUCAGGAAGCCUUGCAUACGGACAGCCUGAGAUACUCUCUAAGACGAAUUCAUACUUAUCGAGCUCUUGCCAGUCCUGCUUGGAUGUCCUUGACCAGUGAAGAUCCCAUACUGACUGCUUUCAAAUUAUCUUGGGAACUGGAGCACUUAGCCAUGCAAGAGAACGAGUUCAAAGAGAUCUACGUAGAACUGAGCAACCAAUGCAAAAAGUAUUCUUGUGACUUGCUCGAUCUCUGUAGGAGUACCGAAGAAGUGAUUGCCGUUCUCAAUAAAAAGACGGACUCUAGUUUUCAAGAAGACCAAGAUCCGGAUAAGCUUACGCUGUCGAGGCUCAAGCUUGCUUUGAAAUAUGAGCAGAAACAGUUCGUGGCCCAUCCCAACUGUCAGCAACUGCUGACAUCCAUUUGGUAUGAAGGGUUGCCAAUAUGGAGGAGGCGGAAUGCCGUUGUGAAAAUCAUACUUUGUGUCAGUCUCAUCACUUGUAUACCUCUGAUUGCCAUCUACUACCUGAUCUUUCCGAGGUCGAAGCUUGGCAAAAUUUUUCGAUCACCCUUCAUGAAAUUUAUCUACCACAGUGCCUCUUUCGGAUUCUUCCUUCUGUUAUUGGUGAUGGCCUCUACGAGAACGGAAGGGAGUGAGAGAUCUCGCCAGAAUGUUCGCGGACCACCCCUGUCUUUUGUCGAGUGGCUCAUCUUCUUCUGGGUCAUUGGCAUGGUUUGGGCCGAAUGCAAGCAGCUGUGGGAAGAAGGCUUGAAAGCUUACGUUCGCCAAUGGUGGAACUGGUUGGACUUCAUUAUGCUAAGUCUGUAUCUGACUACAUUUUCUCUAAAAGGCGUGGCGUAUGUGCAACUACAGACUGGACGGUAUGGUCCCCGCGUCUUGCAGCGUGCACUAUGGCCCGGUAACGACCCAUCCCUCAUAGCAGAAGGAAUUUUUGCAGUGGCCAAUGUGUUCAGCUUCGCCAGAAUCAUUUAUCUUUUUCAAACCAAUCCUCAUCUGGGACCGCUGCAGAUUUCCUUGGGUUGCAUGAUCAUCGACAUCGCCAAGUUUUUGUUCAUCUUUUUCCUCGUAUUGACGUCAUUUGCUUGUGGCCUUAAUCAGUUAUAUUGGUACUAUGAUUCUAAUACGGAGUUCUGCGAAACGAAAGUUGUCGCCGGCGAAAAUAUUACGUUCAACUGUCAAUAUAACCCGGAUGCAUUUAUGACGAUCGGUAACACAUUCGCCACACUUUUCUGGUCCCUGUUUGGAAUUAGUUCCCCUAAAAGUACCGAUCUGGUGGAGGAUGAUUUCUUUAUCGAAACAGUUGGUCAGGGUUUGUUCAUGUCAUAUCAUGUCACUGCCAUCGUCGUGCUCAUUAAUAUGCUCAUUGCCAUGAUGACCAAAUCCUUUCAAGUUAUUGAAGACCAUGCUGACAGGGAGUGGAAGUUUGCUCGUUCCAAGUUGUGGAUGGGUUACUUUGACGAUGGCUCAACUCUGCCACCUCCUUUCAAUCUAAUCAUUUCACCUAAAGCGAUCUGUUACUUCUUGGCUGGCACAAAGCGACUGCUUCUUCGAUUAUGCCCUCAACUUGGUACUUCCUGCAAACCUUUGGACAGAAGUUCUGUAACGCCAGAAAAGCGAAAUGCUAAUUAUAUCGGAAGUCCACCAGAUAAGCGCCGCAGACAGAAUGGAAAUCCACAUCUUGGCUUUAAUUUCCGACCAAGUGAUGUAAAUUAUCAGGAUGUUAUGAAACGUUUGGUCAGCCGGUACAUUCACAUGACAAAGAAGCAACUCAGGCAAGACGGAGUUAAUGAAGACGAUCUUUUGGAAAUAAAGCAAGACAUAUCCAGUCUACGAUACGAGCUCCGGGAAGACAGGAAGCGCGAAGCUGCUCGCAACACCGGCCACAUAGACAGUAUCAAACGGGACAUAAUCCACUCUUUGAAAUGCAGUCAAGGCUGGGCACCUCAAGAGCUAGCCAGUCCAUGCAGUUCGAUGGGCAUCAUUACUCCAACGGAAUUCGAGAACUUGAAGCAAGAGCUGAUCACUUGUCUUCGCGAAGAAAUGCGGCAAUUACUUCCCCCGGGAGCACCGACCAUCACCGCUGUUCCCACUGUCAAUUCCCAACUCUAUCAGACUCAUUUGUACACCCAGUUAUAGCAAAGUGUCUUUCACUUCUUCACAAUCACUCGAAGCGAGCAGUUUAGGAUUGUAAUCAAUAGCUAGAUGAGACCAAGAUGAGAAAAACUAUUAAAUGUCGUAUAUAUUAUUAGGUAUUGAAGCUAAAUGUGAUAAGUAAAGCUGUCGUAAUCAAGUACUGAGCGGUAGUAAAACAAGACCAAAUCGCGCUGAUGAGUGGAGAUGGAGUGUCGAAAUGUCCAAACUACUGAAACUUUUUAACAUUUUUGUUUUGAAAAAUGUGUGUUAUUCUGUACAAUCAAUGGGAUAAUGUAAAGAAAACAACUAUGUUGUGAUUUUAAUAGCCCAGUUUUUAUUUCAGUAGG